GUAGUUAUUGGGGGUUUAUUCCCUCUUCAUUAUAGCCGUGUGCCCUCUCUUCCCACAUAUAAAGCAAAACCAUCACCUAAUACUUAUAAUUAUUUCAGUGCUCGUGCCCUCCGCUGGAUGCAGACAAUGACAUUUACAAUCAAAGAGAUCAACCAACGAACUGAUCUCCUUCCACAACUUAAGCUUGGCUUCCAUAUCCGUGACAGCUGUGAUGAUAUACCCAUUUCCUUGAGAGCGUCCUUUCUAUUGGUAAACGGACGCCCAGAGCAAGGGCUUGGAACUGAGAGUGUAGAGAAAAGUGAGAGUCAAGAUGAAGCAACUGAUUUAGGAUGUGUUGCUGUAAACAGAACUGUGUCCUCAGUAAUCAUAGGGGAUGCUGGUUCUGGUGUUUCUAUGGCUCUGCUACGAAGUCUGGGUUCUUUCCAUAUUCCACUGGUGAGCUAUUUUGCUUCCUGCAGCUGCCUUGGUAAUCAAAGGGAAUUUCCCACCUUCAUGAGGACAAUGCCUAGUGACACCUUCCAGAUAAAAGCCCUGGCCCAGCUGGUUAGCUAUUUUGGCUGGACUUGGGUAGGAGUCAUCGGUGUGGAAUCUGAUUAUGCUCGCUUUGCCAUCCAGCUUUUCCUUCAGGAAUCAGUGCACUACAGUGUGUGUGCUGCUUACACACAUUUCUACCCUAUGACAUCUUCAAAAGUUAUAAUUAAUUUUUCUGGUGAGGCGGAGAUGCAGGGCAUUCUAAGAGAGAUGCAACGACGAAAUUUGACUGGCUUUCAGUGGGUUGCCAGUGAGGCCUGGGCUACCGCCAAGACACUUUGGGAAAAAUCAGCCAAUCUUCUAAAGGGAACUUUAGGAUUUGCCAUACAGAGAGCAGCUGUGAUUCCAGGGCUGCAACAACAUCUUGUGGGUCUCACACCAUCAAAUAUUCAUAAAUUAGCUUUCUUGGCAGAAUUUUGGGAGGAAACAUUUAACUGUCAACUAAAUGGGUCUGUGAACACCCAUUACCAUGGGUUGGGAAGCUAUCAAGGCAGAGUACAAUGCGAAGGGACUGAAGUUUUAAAUGAUGUUUACUCUCCUUAUUCUGAUGUGACGCAGCUACGAGUUUCUUAUAACGUCUACAAAGCUGUAUAUCUUGUAGCUUAUGCGUUGCAAGAUAUGUGUAAUUGUAAAGCUGGAGAGGGGCCAUUCCUUAAAAAGAGUUGUGCAGAUCCAAAGAAUUUUAAGCCCUGGCAGCUUCUCCACUACAUGAAGCUUGCUAAUUUUUCUGCACUAGGAGAGGAAGUCAACUUUGAUCAAAAUGGUGAUCCAAUUGCUUAUUAUGAUCUUAUUAACUGGCAGAGGGGGCCUGAUGGGUCUCUAAAUUUGGUAAAAGUAGGUUUCUAUGAUGCCUCGCUUCCUGCUGGACUCAGCUUGGUUAUAAAUGACUCAGUGAUCAUGUGGCCACUUGGAAAGCAGGCUAUCCGCUCUGUGUGCAGCAACAGGUGUCCUCCAGGUUCUCGUGUUGCCAGGAGAAAGGGGGAACCUAUCUGCUGUUAUGACUGUGUCCCCUGUGCUGAAGCAGAGUUUAGUAAUACAACUGAUUCUUUAGAUUGCUCACGUUGUUCUGAGGACACAUGGCCCAAUAAAGCCAGAGAUCUCUGCAUCCCUAAAACAAUGGAGUAUCUCUCUUAUCAUGAGUUCAUGGGUAUUCUCCUGUGUGUUGCCUCAGUUCUAGGAGCUUAUAUUUCCGUUGUAAUCAUUGCCAUAUUCUACACAUAUAAGGACACAGCUCUAGUUCGAGCAAACAACAUGGAAUUGAGCUUCCUGCUUUUGGUGUUUCUUACCAUCUGUUUCCUUGUUGGUCUGCUGUUCCUUGGUAAGCCUUCAGACUGGCUCUGUCAGAUCAGAUAUCCAGCAUUUGGAAUCAGUUUUGCACUCUGCCUUUCAUGCCUCCUGGCCAAGACAGUAGUGGUUCUAAUGGCUUUUAGGUCUAGAUUACCAGGAAGCCAUUUGAUGAAAUGGUUUGGAACCAAACAGCAGAGAGCCAGUGUUAUUUUGGGAACCACCGUCCAGGUUCUAGUCUGUCUUAUUUGGCUGCUUACCAGUCCACCUCAUGCCUAUUACAAUACAGAUUACCACAGCUCUACAAUUAUCAUUGAAUGUGUGACUGGUUCAGACAUUGGCUUUUGGCUCGUUCUUGGAUACAUCGGAAUCCUGGCUUGCAUGUGCCUCGUGACAGCCUUUUUGGCACGAAAGCUGCCAGAUAAUUUCAACGAGGCCAAGUUCAUCACCUUCAGCAUACUAAUUUUCUUUGCUGUUUGGGUUACUUUUAUCCCAGUUUAUAUGAGCACUGUUGGAAAAUACACUGUAGCUGUCCAUGUUUUUGCUAUUUUAGCCUCAGCUCUAGGACUUCUAUUUUGCAUUUUUGCCCCAAAGUGCUAUAUAAUUUUGCUGAAACCUGAAAAGAACAGUAAAAAACAAAUGAUGCAAAGGUAA